GCUGCUGCAGAAACUCCUAUAAGGCGGGCUUCAGGCUACUUUACAUAGACAGGACGCCACAGAUGCAAACUCUACUCACAGACUGAGAUACGUGUGAAAGUGCGAUGUCUUCUCCAGGUGCCACCUUCAACCCUCUGAACACUCUGGCGCCCAAAAGCAAGACAAAGAAGAAACACUUUGUGCAGCAGAAAGUGGAGGUUUUCCGAGCCAGUAACCCCGUGUUGAGCGUGCUGAUGUGGGGAGUCAAUCACUCGAUUAAUGAUCUGAGCCAGGUGCCUGUACCUGUCAUGCUGCUUCCAGACGACUUCAAAGCCAGUACCAAGAUCAAAGUCAGCAACCACCUCUUCAACAAAGAGAAUCUUCCAGGACAGUUCAAAUUCAAAGACUACUGUCCGCAGGUGUUCAGAAACCUGCGAGAGCACUUCGGAAUCGAGGACCAAGAUUACCAGGUGUCUCUGGCCCGUAGUCCUCCAUUAAAAGACGAGGAGGGACAACGCGGGAAGCUGAUGCUGACAUCAUAUGACCGUACUUUGGUAGUAAAAGAAAUAUCCAGUGAAGAAGUGGAGGAAGUGCACGACAUCCUCUCUGAGUAUCACCAGCACAUCGUCACCUGCCACGGCAGUACGCUGCUCCCUCAGUUCCUGGCCAUGUACAGAGUCAGUGUGGAGAGCGAGGACACCUACCUGUUAGUUAUGAGGAACAUGUUCAGCCACAGACUGCACGUACACAGGAAGUAUGACCUCAAGGGGUCCCUGGUGUCUCGUGAGGCAAGUUUUAAAGAGAAGGUGAAGGAGCUGCCCACUUAUAAAGAUGUAGACUUCAGGAAUAACAUGCAAAAAGUUUAUGUGAGCGACGAGGCGAAGGAGAAGAUUGUGGAAAAGCUCAACAGAGAUAUCGAGUUUCUGGUGCGUAUGAGGUUCAUGGACUACAGCCUGUUGCUGGGUAUCCAUGAUGUGGAGCGGGCUGAGAGGCAGGAGGAGGAGGAGGAGGAGGAAGAGGAGGAGAUGGAGUCGUCCUAUGAAGAGGAAAAGGAGGAUGAAAACAGCAUGGCACCUGAGGGUAUCGGUGGCUACAUGAACUCCUUCAAACCCAUGGGUCCUGGCGAGUUUGACCCUUACGUGGAUGUGUACGCUAUUCAGAGCGCUGUAGAUGCACCCCAGAGGGAGGUGUAUUUUAUGGGUCUGAUUGACGUGCUGACACAGUAUGACACCAAGAAGAAAGCUGCUCACGCUGCUAAGGCUGUCAAACACGGGGCAGGAGCUGAAAUCUCAACAGUUCAUCCAGAGCAGUACGCUAAACGUUUCCGGGAGUUCAUCACUAAGAUCUUUGCCUAGUUCAGUGAUACAGUCCAGGAUACCAUCAUCAUUUCAUACAAGAGGAGUCUCAUAUGCAAUACUUACAUACUCUCAAAUCAACAUCAAGAAGCACUGCAAAUUUACUGUUAAUUUCUAAAUGAUCUACGUGGUUUUUGAGCAUUUACUCUUCAUGUCAUUCUGCACUGCAAGAUGGACAUUUAUUUUGAAUAAAGAACUGGAAUUUGCAGAGAGAAGGAAAAGUCUUCUUGCCAACUGUUAAUGGGUUUUCUUUUGUUUUCACUUAAAGUUUUGGCAAUACUCCACCCCCGAACACAGUGGGAUGUGGAGAUGAUGAGAAAGACAUAUUUUCACAACAAAUUGCUGCUGCUCAGGAGAAAGAUAUAUGUUUUGCUCUUAAAUAUUAAUUUAUGACUCCUUCUCUUCCCACCAGUGACAACACUUGACAGCACAAGAAUAAUUUGGACAAAUCUACAGGGUCUCAAUUAGGAACAAUACACUGUUAAUUUUCUUGUCAGCACAAUUGUGUGAUUUAAGCUGUUAAGACUGACAUUAUCUUAUACGAAAUGUUGCCAAAUGCAGGUUUAAAAUAAUAUAAAAGUAUUAUAAAUUAUGAAAUUAGGAGUAUGUGCUAUUAAAACCUAUUUUCACAAAGAGAAAACAAAGAUGCCAGACAUUCAUAACAGUUUCACCAUUUUGUUUUCCUUAUGUGGAAAGAAACGCACAUUUCCCAUCAUCUGUAAAUACAUGAGUUCAAAUAAAUCUGCAGAUUUAAGUACAAA